AUGGAGAACCGCAUUAGUCUCGUUUCUUUCUCGAACAGAGAGUUCCCGAAACACGAAACGCCCUGGAAUUGUUUGACGAUCAACGACGACGUGCAGGCGGUGGCGUGUUUGGAGAAGAUCCAACUGUCGAUGAGCGACUUUCAGGACGAAAGAAGGAUCGUUCUCUACGGGCACAAUAUAGACUGCUAUUGCGCUCUUCAAGGACUGCUCGAAUCCGGAAUAAACGGCGCUUGGAUCACUUUGAUCGAGCCGCCGUUGCCGGCGAACGAGUCUCGCGAGAGCGUCUUCUUCGACGACUGCGAAGUACGAGAGAUCGGGGAGAUCGUUUCUCACAAAUCGGUCGUAAAACGAGUCGUCGAUGUAUUAAAGGUGUACGCGGAGACGAUGAAUUCGAUUUCGAACAGCGGAGUCGAAGUACUCAUGAACUGGGAGCUGAUCGAUUGGCAUCUGAGGAGCUCGAUCGAGGGAAAAUUCAUAGAGGCGAUCGUUCUGCGAUCCGAGGGCAGAACCAGGACUAUGGAGUGCGACGUCUUCGUCAACUUCAACGAGAAAACGAUCAACAUGGAGCUAUUUUUGGCGAUCUGCAGGUCCGGACUGGUGUUCGACGGUCAGCUGGUCAUAGAUCCGGAGUUCAGGACGAACGAUCCGUCGAUCUUCGCGGCUGGUACCGUCACCAAAUACUCCAGAAAGUACUGCGCCGAUUCCCAACAGCACAAGUACUACGACAGCGUAGAAAUCGGCACGAGACUGGCGAAGGUCCUGCGAUCGGCCAUCGACGCCCAGCAACGAGGCAGUAAAGUAUCCUCGUCGGUGGUCAAGAGCAAAGCUUGCUCGACGCCGCCAUUGUUUCGUUCCGCGAACGUCGUAGCCUGCACUUUGCCCGGUGGUUAUCGGUACCUUCACGUUCGCAAACCUGGGAGACCCGUCCCUCGAAAACAGGCGACUCGUUGCAAUUCCUACGGUUCGGUGUUGAAAACAGGCUCCUGCGCCUCGGAAAUUGGCUACUUUCGCAUACGGUUGAACAGAUUCGACUCCGUCGAGUCGAUAACGUGCUGCAACAAAAAGAAUUUCGAGUUGCACCACGUGAUUAAGUUGUACGGAAAGCACGAGAGCUUGUUGAACGAGUUGAAGACGCGUUUCCAAAAAUCGCUGAUCUCGGACUUGUACGCGUACUUCCGGGAGCCGUGGGCAAUGGCGAUCUUCUACGACAGAUUCGAGUGCCUUCGCGUGGAGAACCGAGCCACGUUGCUGUCCAAAACGGCGAUUCCCGGUUCGUCUUUGGUCGAUGACUGCAUCCGCGCUCUAGUAAAAUCAAAAUGGGAGCCGAUACCGGAAAACGAUCGACGUCGAAUCGAAGAGAAAUACGCCGGGUCGGUGUACCAGCAGGAGCUCGAGGAGAGCCUGCUGGACUUCCUGCAGUUCUCCGAGGAGGAUAUACCCGUGUAUUGCACGCCUGGAAAGUUGCGUGAAUUAUACGCCGACAACGAGGACAGUCCUCUGUACACGUAUCUCUAGCGAGCUCGCCGAUUCCGCGACCGUUUCUAUUUUACGCUUUCUCGAACGGCCAGGCGCGAAAUAAACGAUCGCGACGACUGUUUUUUCUCUCUUCGAGCCUAAUGGACGAUUCUCGAUAUAAAAAUUUUUAAUGUAACUGUUAUUUCUGAUCCCUGGGUCCUAAAAGUACGAGUUGCACGGGUCUUUAUCGCGGGUUAUACGAUCUUUGAAAGAGACUUUACGAUGGCGGCGUCCAACGAAAUGACGGAUCGCGUCACGGCUGGGCGAAUUUCUCACAUUGAGCAGCGAUCGCCUCGGAAAUCGUCCUCGAUCGACGCGUCCGCGACUACAUACUUGGUAUGCGAUCCGAUCUGUAGGUCAAGUUUAACAUUCCGCGACGCUGCUCCAUAAAGACAGCUCAAGGCGGCGUCGACACGCCGCGCCGCCCACGCUGUCACGCAACGACAACAACAAAAACGCGUUACAGAAGCGUCACGGCUAACGCGGAACUGCUCCCGCGGAUCUCGUUCAGGCGUUUCUUCCCCUCUCCUUUUCUCUGGACUGAUAAAAAAUUCGAGAAUGCGAGUCCUUGAACGUCCAUUAGCGGUGC